AUGGCAAAUGAAGGGCGUGACACGCCAGUCUCAUGGCAUGGCAUGCUGGUAGUGUUUUCCAGAGGAGGAAUUAAAGGGCCAGUGAACUCAGGUAGAAGAGGAGGGACUUCAUCCUCUUUUGAUAGCGAACCUGAGAGAACCUUCCUUAGAUUGAGGAGGGAGGCUAGAGGCAAGGGUAUAGUUGGAGAAGAACCAGUAGAAGAAGAUCUAACAACCACCAUGGAAGACGAAGUGCACGAAGAUGUUGGAGGAGGAGCUGGAAAUCAAGCUGGGCAAGAGAGGAGAAAUAACUGCUCAUACGGAGGAGGUGCUCAAGAAGAUCCAAAUCAAUAUCUCAACACAUUCUUGAGGAUAUGCGAUACUGUAAAGUCUAAUAGUGUACACCCUGACACCUACAAACUACUUCUAUUCCCUUUCUCGCUCAGAGAUAAGACAACAAAGUGGUUAGAAUCAUUCCCGAAGGAGAGCCUAACCACAUGGGAGGAUGUUGUGAACAAAUUUCUACCAAGAUUUUACCCUCUACAGAGGAUCAACAGGCUAAGAGCUGAGGUGGAAACCUUCAGACAGCUAGAUGGUGAAACACUCUAUGAGGCCUGGGAGAGGUUUAAAGAUCUAACAAGAAAAUGCCCACUAGAUAUGUUUAAUGAGUGGGUGCAGCUCCAUAUUUUCUAUGAAGGAUUAACCUAUAAAUCGAAGAAGGCUGUGGACCACUCUUCAGGGGGUUCACUCAACAAGAAGAAGACUAUUGGGGAAGCCAUAGAUGUCAAUGAAACUGUAGUUGAGAAUGACUACUUCUAUGCUUCAGAAAGAGGCCAAAAGAAGGGGGUGCAGGAACUCAAUUCUAUGGAUGCCCUGUUGGCACAAAACAAGGCAAUUGCAGCACAAUUGGCAACCUUAACCAAGAAAAUGGGAAACAAUCAAGUUGCAGUUGUCCAAGCUCAAGCACCACCCCAAGAAGAAAAUGAACCAGAAGUUGAAUGUGAGCGAGAUAACUUUGAGAGAGUAGAGGCCACAAUAGCACAGCUAUCAUCACAGCUCAUAGGGGCCAUUUCCACCCUUUUGGAAAGGCAAGCACAAGCUAAAAGGAGGAUAGAUGCCAACCAAGAAGAAUACAGGUUGAAUUUGAAGAACCAAGGUGCAGCAAUCUCAAAACUGGAUGCACAAGUGGGGUUCUUAUCCAAGCAAAUCCCAAUGCCUACACACACAUUUUCAAGUGACACCAUGGCCAACCCAAGAGGGGAGUGCAAGACCAUCACACUUAGAAGUAGAAAAGUGGUAGAAGAGGCCACUUCAAACCAGGAGAACCACGAAGAAGAAGCUACAGAAAAGCCUGAAAAUAGGAAGAAAGAAGAGGUCCUUAGCCCAUCUUCACCAAAGCCAAUCUUGAAGCCUUAUGUGCCAAAGGCACCAUACCCACAAAGGCUAAGAAAGGAUGGGAAGGUCAGCUAG